AACGGAGAAGUGAACCCCCCUCGAGUCGAGGAAGCAUCAAGCAUCGUCGCCUCGCCUCGUCCCCAAUUGAGCAAACCCUAGCCCGCCGCCGCCGAUCAAUCUCCGUCUGCUAUGGCGAUGCGCUACCUCGCCGGUAAGCUGCGGGCCCCCGCCCCCGCCGCCGCCGCUCUCCGUCGCCCUCGAUCCCUCUCCGCCAACGCCUCCCAGUCCCAGGUCGGCUCGCCCCUCGACUCGUCCCAGAUCGUUCGUUUCGAUCGACCAAGAUCGGGAAAGUACACCAAUGGAAGUACUACAGAGCUUGCGUCUUCCAUGAAGGUUGUGAAGAAUGUGGACGAGACAAUUCGACAGCUACAUGAAGAAGUAGCUAAAAUGGAAGCUGCAAGCAAGGAAAUAGCGGAGAUAAUAAGGUACAACAGGUUCCACAGAAGGUGUAUAAUGGGGUCUGUUGUCCUUGGGGUGGGUCUUGCAGGUGUCUCCUGUGUCCGGUAUACUCGUAGUUACAGGAAGGCCCUCAGGGAGUAUUAUGUUGUCGGCUUGGAGAUGGAAAACAAGUAUUCACCACGUACUCCUAACUAGCCUGGGCACUACCCCCUGGGGUGUUCAGUUCCCCCUUCUGUUUAUGCCGAAGAUGUGGUGGAUAUGUAUGCAAGGGCCAACGCUUGUGUAUGUGCCGUAUUUUGUGUUGAAACUAAGCACCUCUUAUGUACGUAAGACCAAGUUGCCGUCAUUUUAAACUGCCUGUGGUUGUAGUGAUACCGAAGGACAACGUAUUUUAUGCUUGUAUGUUAUUGUAAGGUUGACCUAAAAAAAUUCAGCCAUGCUUGUUUUAAGUAAUUGGUCGGUGCAAGUUCUCCGGAACACUAGCUAAA